GUCAUGGAGGCUGUGGCAGGGGGCAGAGCCAGCCUCUCUGAGGUCCUGCUGCAGGGUGCCAGGCUCUGGGCGCUGCUGGUGCAGAAUCGCCUGCACCUCUACAGGCUCCUGCUGCUGAAGAUCGCAGUCUUCCGGGGCUGGGUGGUGGGACUGUCCCAGGAGGCCUGGGGCCCAAGCUAUGCGCCCACCCACCAGCUGCCUGGGGACACUGUCUGUGCCCUGAGCCAGCGGGCUCUGCGGAUAGGGCUGGUGCUGCUGCUUUGUGGACCCCGGCUGGUGGGCGUGGCUGGGCUGGGCCUGUGUGUGGCUGCCUGGAGGGGCCUGCUCCGGUCCUGUCUGCACAGCCUGACGCUGGUGGCCUUGCUGUCAUUACUGCUGGCCUGGAGGCUCUUCCGGAAGGCCCAGUGCUUCCUGGGCUGCCUGUACCGCCAGGCCCUAGUGGGGAGCCACAUGGUGCUCAAGCUCCUGGCACUGCCAAGAUGUCUGUGCUGGCACCUGGCCUACAGCAUCACCUGGACUACCUGCCUGGCCUCCCACCUGCUGCAGGCGGCUUUUGAGCACACGACCAAGCUGGCCCAGGCCCAGGGGCCUUCAGGAUCCUUAUCCAGUUGCCUGCUCCCUGCGUUGCCCUCUGCCUUCGAGGGUCGGGUCCUAUUUUCUGGCAGCUUCAAGCCUGCAGCUGGGAGCCGGAGGACUUCCCAGGGGAGGCUCUUCCAGCCGGUCUGCGUGGGCUCUGGCCGUGCCGCCAACCCGGACCUCCUCAUGUCUUCCCAGCUGCCUCCCAUCACAGCCUCCUUUGCCCAUGACCCCCUUUGCCGGGGCCCCGAGGACUGCUUGGAAUGA